AUGAAAUCCACAACAGCUAUCUUACUGCUCCAGAUCUUGGGACUCACUCUGUGUUCAACUGAUUCUGAAGACAAAGUAGAGAUCAGAGAGAAUGUGGCUUUAUUUGGGAAGGCCACUCAGUCUUCCCUUCUACAUGGUGGAGGGGCCCCUUACAGUCAUGCGAGCAAUGCCAUCGAUGGAAAUACUGAAGCAACUUUCCACAUGGGAACCUGCACCCACACAGAAACACAGACGAACCCCUGGUGGAGAGUGGAUCUGCUGAGGAGGUACCGAAUCACCUCUGUUAGCAUCACCAACAGAAAGGACUGCUGUGCUGAGAGGAUCAACGGGGCCCAGAUCCGCAUCGGAGACUCCCUAGACAACAAUGGCAACAGCAACCCACUGUGUGCUGUGGUUGGCAGUAUCCCAGCAGGAUGGACUCAGACCUUUCACUGCUCGUCCCCAAUGGUGGGACGCUACGUGAAUGUGUUCCUCCCCGGAUACCAAAGGGUUUUGACACUCUGCGAAGUCCAGGCAUCCGCUGUACCUAUUCCAGUAUGUAAGAAUAUGGCUUUAUACGGGAAGGCCACUCAGUCUUCCCUUCUGCGUGGGGAAUGGGCAGCUUUCAGUCAUGCGAGCAAUGCCAUCGAUGGAAACUCUGAAGCAACUUUCUCGCUCGGAUCCUGCACCCACACAGAACAGGAGAACCACCCCUGGUGGAGAGUGGAUCUGCUGAAGAGGUACCGAAUCACUUCUGUUACCAUCACCAACAGGAAAGACUGCUGUGCAGAGAGGAUUGAAGGAGCUGAGAUCCGCAUCGGAGACUCCCUGACAAACAACGGCAACAGCAAUCCGCGGUGUGCUGUGGUUGACAGCAUCCCAGCCGGGGACAGUGUAAAGUACGUUUGCUCUAAAUCAAUGGUGGGACGCUACGUGAAUGUGAUCCUUCCCAAGGAGGAGACGUGGUUGACGCUCUGCGAGGUCCAGGUCACCGCUGUACCUGUUCCAGUUGUUGGCCAGAGUGGCAGCUAUUAUGUUGUGGAUAAUGUGAGCCAAGGUGGCACCCUCAUCAUCGGUGGCAGAAGAUAUUAGAAUCAGUGGGUUGCAUUUCCCUGCUGGAUU